AAAUAAUUGAAAAAUGAAGAUUUCUUCAGAAGAAGCUUAUUCAUUCCUUAAAAGAUCAGUUGAACUUAAUCUUGACAGUGACAUCUUCAAAAAUGGACAUUUGAAGGCCCUCACUUCACUGACGAAAAAGAAGGGCAAAAGAAGCCAUAAAACAAGCAGACAAGAGAGUUAUAGACUCAAAGUAUUUCAAAAUCUAGCUAAAAUGGUUUGAUUUAUCUCCACAAUGACCGGCCAGAAGCGGUUUGAAAAUAUCUGAUUUGCUCUUGACUGGUACAAGAACAAGAUUAACCCAAUACUGGGCGAGGACCAACAAAAAAUUGAACUGGUAGUCGAUAGUGAUGAGAUGUACCAAAUAAAAGACGAAUGCCAAAAAUUCGUCACAGCAGUGCCUAAUAUCAUGUCAAAGGUAAAACACAAAGACCAAAUCAUGGUGAAGAAAGUGAACAGUAAUAAACUACUGAAUCGUGUUGAGAGAGGCCAUACCAGAAGUAUGGAUGUUAUUCCUCCUCUUCACAGGAGUAAUAAGUCCUACGAAAAGAUUAUGUACACUAAUGCAGAUCUAAAGUCUCUCAGAUAUGGCUUCCAAGACGGAAAAUUAUCAUUAAGGAAUUUUGAAAAAUUAUGUGGGCAGGCAAGACCAUUGGCAAAAGAAUCUCCAUACAGAGUCAAGAUCAAGAGGAAUGCAAGAUCUAUUAUUACUCAGAAAUCUCCUUUGCAAAAUACUAAGAAGAUAAGUACUUGUAGGAUUACAAACUCCAUUAAUAAGAGCUCUUCUACCCAUCUCUCUGAGUGAAUGAGUGCAAGGAUGAGAGACAAGGAUUCAGAACAGUUCUUCAUGAAACUCAAAAACACAUUCUUGCAGAAAAUUAUAAAUAACGAGAAUGAUAAUAGUUCAAAGGCAUCCAUUUCUAAUUUUGUUAAAACCGCAAGGCCAGUGAAAGGGAACUUGUAUACCAGAAUCAAGGACAAUCAGGGCUCUGUCAGAAAUAUGAAAUUAACUAAAGGAAGAAGCCCUGCCUUUAAGAUACAUCCAAAGCAAUCACCUAACCUUUCACAGAAGCAGCUUACCACGGUUAAGUUGAUUGGCCAGAACAACCAGAGAGAGAUUAGAACAAUUCCGAAAGCUAAAGUUAAAACAUUGCUUAACUCUGAACCUAAGAAACAGAUACAGAAUGAUAUGGAUUUUUCAAAUCAGUCGGAUCUUCAUAAUUUAGAGACUUCUCCUCGCUUUGGGCUUUACAAGGGAUCUGAGAAGUACCUCUUUGAUCUAUUUAAGAAAUAUUCUGAUUUCAAGGAUCAGCCUGCCAAUAUUGAACUCAAGAAUGAUUCAACACCUAAGGCUUGGUGAGAGGAAGAUAAUACACCUGUUACAUUUAAACUUACUCAGAACUCAACACAAUAUGUGCCUUCUUAUAUCUCUAAAUUUAACAAGAAAAUCCCGGAUUCAGACUGCACUCAUUACCAAACUCCUACUAUGUUCUCAGAGAGCCCAGACAAGAUACAGUCUAAUGUUGACUUUAGCAUAAAAAUCAGGCAUUGCAAAAUUGGUGAGGACUCUAUUGGAUCAGCACAUUAUAUAAAGUGCGAUAAAAAUUAGGCAUAAAUCUUACUUAAAAUUUCUUAAAUGCAAA